AUGACAUUUUGCAUUUUUGUUUCUACUUCCGAGGUAUCACGAAUGUAGCGUCAAUUGGUGCGGAGUCAUGAAAGUGUUUGUAAACAACUCACUCAGAAGGCGCAGCAAACUGGAGUCGGAUCAAUUCCUACACACAUCUCUGAGUAUCAACACAUCCUCCAGAGUGUCCCUAACCUUGGGAUAUGAAGGAUGUUUGACCUCACAGUUUUUCACUAUCUUCAAGUUAACAGGAUGACACUGCUGUAAUAUCUGUGACUGAUUUUUUCGGAUUAGCUAGAACAUUGCACUUGUAGAGCCUCAAGACCCCUUUCAUUACCUGUUAGCUGUUCACCUCCUAAGUAAAGAUGCCUUGGCCAUUUUCGGAGUCCAUUAAGAAACGGGCCUGCAGAUAUCUCCUUCACCGGUACCUAGGCAACUUUCUUCAGGAAAAGCUGAGCUUGGAGCAGCUCAGUCUUGACCUUUAUCAGGGCACUGGGUCCCUUGCACAAGUUCCACUGGAUAAAUGGUCACUCAAUGAGCUUCUGGAGACAGCAGAUGCCCCUUUUGAGGUAAUUACAGGAUUCAUCCAGACCAUUUCUCUGACUGUCCCAUGGGCUGCACUGUUGCAGGAGAACUGUGCCCUGGAGGUCAAGGGUUUGGAGUUGGUCCUCAGGCCAAGGCCAAGAGUUGCUUCUGGGACUGAGCCCAUGUACUGGUCCAGUUUUAUGACGAGCAGCAUGCAACUUGCCAAAGAAUGCCUCAGUCAGAAACUCACCGAUGAUAUGGGAGAAAGCUUUCAGCCUUUUGAAGGAUUAGAAAAGUUUGCAGAGACAAUAGAGACAGUUCUGAGAAGAGUCAAAGUGACAUUUUUGGACACUGUUCUCAGAGUCGAACACAUUCCAGAAAAUUCUAAAACUGGAAUCGCUCUUGAGAUUCGAAUCAGCAAGAUUGUAUACUGUGAUGAAACAGGGGAAGAGAGUUCAAAUGUAAAUGUGCAUCAGCCAACCACGUUUGCACAUAAAAAUGUGCAUAUGGAAGGUAUCACUAUAUUCUGGGAUGAGUUCUCAGAAAUGUCUCGUGGUUGCAAAUCUUCAUCCACCCCGACGCAGGAAACCGAGCCAAAGCUCUCCCCAAGCUGGAAUCCAAAAAUAAUAUGCGAGCCUCAUCCACAGUUUACAGAGCCGGUAUCCUCCACAACAACGUUUGAGCCUGUUCAAGUUGGGAGCCUCAGCGGCAAAAUUGAGUUGUCCCUUACUCUGAAAAACAAUCUGGCCCUGCCUGGAGCCAAGCUGGAUGUCAUUGGACAUAUUGAUACUCUGGUUAUUCUGCUGUCCCCACGGCAAGUUCAUCUUUUGCUGGAUUUGUUUGGAGCUUUCUCUGGUGGAGGCACACAGGAAUGGACUAAGGAUAGAAAAAGUCGUCCCAUACAACAGGAGGAUGAGUAUCGGCUCCAUAUGGAACUGAACCGGUGUCUGAAGAAGGAUGGUGCUGUACCAGGAGCAGACCCCGACCUUUUUGACAGCCAGACCACCAGAACUGUAUCAAGUCGAGAUGAUGUGUUCUUCUCCAUGGCCGAUAUGGACAUGUCUCACAGCUUGUCUUCCCUCCCUCCUCUGGGUGAACCGCCCACUGUCGACUUGGACUUGUCACUCAACAGUAACUACUCUGCCUCCCCAGGAGAGUCUCCAUCAGGAAAUGCAGCUGCUCUAUGGGAUGACUAUAUGGAUGUACCACGGCAAAAAGAAAAGCAUACUAGUGAAACUCCUGUCCAGUCACGUGAUACGCAGCUCACUCAGAAACUAAUGAGACAAACUUCCCAUCCACCCAAAACUCAUGGGGAUGAGUCAAGACCAGAACUGGUGUUGAGGUUGUCACUGAGCAGCUUUGCUGUGUCAGUCCUCCACAUUGACCCACUACCACCGCCUCAUGCUGCUCCCAGCCCUCUUGGCCCAAUGGCUGGACACUUCUUUGGCAUGGUGGGACCAGGCCAGCUUUCCCCAGAUGCUUUCCUUCAGUCUCGGACCGUGUUCAACCAGGCUUGUCCCCAUGAUCACCUCAGAUUUGUUGGUCAGGGUCUGAAGAUAAAGUAUGAGCACUGUCAGGGAUCCAACCUGCGGACUUUCAGCACUGACAUCUCCCUUAACCAGAUGGAGUUUUUGGAGUGUCUGUUUCCUUCUGAAGCCCUCAUCGGUGGCUCCCAGAGAGGAAUCCAGUACACUGAGCUCCUGACAUUUGAAACCACAGCCAGUGCUGAUACACCGCUAACCACCUGCCUUCACCUGCUUUACAAACAGGCUGAGCGCAGAGGCCCUCAGGGUGGCCAGGUGCGUCUUAGUACCAUUCCAAGGAAAGCUGAGAUCCAGGUGGAACUUGGUCCUGUACACUCUGAGCUGGAUAUCAGCAUUGUAGACCGUCUCAACUCACUGCUACAACCUCAAAAACUAGUUACCACGGAGAUGAUGGCCUCCCACAUGUAUACAUCGUACAAUAAACAUGUCAGCUUGCAUAAAGCUUUUACUGAGGUUUUCCUUGAUGACAACCAUACACCCUCCAACUGCCACGUAUCACUGACGGUUAACGCCCCAGUGCUGGGCAUUGCGGUGCGUUUCCCCAUCCCUGAUCUGCGUGCAGAUCAGGAGAGAGGCCCCUGGUUCAAGAAGUCCUUGCAGAAAGAAAUACUUCAUCUGGAGAUGGAGGACCUGGAAGUGAAAACAGAGUUCAUGGGUGGCAGCUCUCCUGAUCAAACCAAAAUGGAGCUCACAUUCAGAGAACUUACUGGGAAGUUCCAAGAGGAACCAGAUCAACCAGCUGCCCGUUUUCUCAGAGUAUCCCACACCAUGGAGGGAGACAUGACGUCAUCUGAAAGUGUAAAAUUUGACUGGCCGAGAAUCGUGCUGAAGAUGAACCCCACUGCUGUCCACUCAAUCCUCGAGCGUGUGACGGCUGAAGAUGACGAAGGGGCCGAGGACCAUUCCCUUGAGGAAGAAGAGGAGGAAGGGGCUGCUCAUUCAUUAAAGGACGUGUGUGACUUUGGGAAACCAGAACCAUCGCCCUUUUCUUCUCGUAGAGUAAUGUAUGAGAACGAAGAGAUGAUCAUUCCUGGUGAUGUUGCUGAGAUGACAGAGUUCCAGGAAAAAACAAUGAACAACUCCCGUUUUGUCCUUGAGCUGUGUUUCCCCAAUGUACAGUUAUCACUCCCCAGCAAGCCUUUCUAUGAGAAACUACACAACAGGAUAAACAAUGACUUGCUGCUGUGGGAGCCCACUGCUCCAUCCCCUGUGGAGACUGUAGAGAGCAUGCCUUAUGGAGUUGGACUUUCUGUUGCCAGUCAAUUGAUCAACACUUACUCCAAGGACAGCUUCAGCCAGUUCCGCUCUACUGGUCCUGAAGAGGAGACCAGUGGUUCUGAUGAAGAGACUAUGCACUACUACUCUCCUGCCUCUGAACUGGGCUUCAGAUCUCGAAAGAAGAAAAAGCCCAAAGCCCAUAGCAAGACCUCCCAGAGCCUUUUCUCUGUCAUCCUUACUGUCAAUCAUGGUCUUGCGACUCUACAGACCAAGGCUAAAAAGGAAGACAAAACUGAGCUGAAAAACAAACAUGGCGAGUUCUGGAUGGAGGUGAAAAAUGCCGUUUUGUUCAGUGUAACACAAUACGAAGGCUAUAAAGAUCAACACUACAUCUGCUUUCAUACCAGUAGCGUUUGCAUGUACCAUCAAGGUCUUGUAGAUGGAGGCCUUUUUGUCUCAGAUAUCAAGUUGCCGUGCAGGACACAUCCCCACUGGCUGGAACCAACCAUCUACCAAUCAGAGACCUCUCCAGAAAGAUCCUCAACACCCUCUGAGGGAAUCGGUGUGGAGGCGCGCAGCAUGGUGUCUGUCGCUGUCAAAAUCUCAUCACAGAACACAGAACGCAACAUUAAGGAGUUUCUGGUUGCUGUUGGCGUCAGAGGAGCAACACUGCAGCACAGAGUGGUCCCUCCCAGCUUGGGCUGGUAUGAUCAGAUCGUUGACUUUCUAAAUAUUUCUGAUGAACCUGUGUUGGGUUAUGCCCCUCCUACAUCUGUCACUACCCUACAUUUACACCUGUGGAGCUGCUCAUUAGACUAUAGACCACUUCACAUGCCACUCAGAUCACUGGUGGUUGUAGAAACAUUUAGCAUCUCCAGCAGUGUCUCCUUAGAUAAUUCUUCAUCAACACUAAGGAUUAUUUUGGAUGAAGCUGCUCUCUUCCUCUCUGACAAGAGUAAUGCUGUGUCUGUUAAUCUUGUGCGUGACUAUGUUCAAGUGAUGGACAUGGGAACACUGGAGCUAAGGAUUACAGCUGUCAAACCUGGACCAGAUGGUAAACUGUCGGAGCCGAGAUUUGAGCUGCGCUGCUCCAGUGACGUAAUUCACAUUAGAACGUGUUCAGACUCCUGCGCUGCGCUUAUGAACCUUAUCCAGUAUGUAGCCAGCUACGGAGACUUAAUUCCCCCUGCAGAACCAGAGGCCAAGCACAGCAGCACCACACAAAGAAGCAAGACAGAGGUUUCUAGCAGACCAGUAUCUCAGACUCCACUGCUGGCUGAGACUGAACAGCAGAUGCUGCAGGAUCUGAUGAGUGAAGCUAUGGAGGAGACUGAUGGGCAGCAAGCACCAGGGCCACAACAGAAUGGUGCCCAUGAGGAGCACAUUCAUGACCAUGACCCGCCUCGGUCAGAUCUGUUCCUGUUUCCUGAUGAAAGUGGGAAUUUUAAUCAAGAUUCAAGUCCUACCUAUCCCAUGCUCCCCUCCCCUCUUAUUACACCUGCUCCGAGCCUGCCCCAAGAAACAGAUGACUUUUGCAUUUUGGACACUCCUGGUUCCAGAGAAGAGGAUCGCGAUCAGGGGCCUGUGGUAAAGCUGCUUACCUCGUAUCCAGUGGAAAUUAAAGAUGAACACUUUAGUCAGCCUCUGGAAGGGAGUGAUUCCAGCCGUGGAGCCAUGAACUUCCCCAUCCCAGAGGUUCGCUACCUCAUUAAGGAGAUCUCUGUCAUCUGGCAUCUUUAUGGGGGAAAAGAUUUUGGGAGUGCUCCUUGCACAGCCUCUCCUGCUAGAAGCCGAGGAUCUACUCCUCAUAGCUCCCCAUCUCAAACACCAGUCAGACAAGCGAGGACUUUGGGGAGGGCAGGAGGUGGAAGAGGAAGAAACCCCGAUGUCCUAAUGGAGAUCCAGCUCAGCAAGGUGAGAUUUCAGCAUGAGGUGUACCCACAGCCCUCUGUGGCAUCUCGGUCAGCAGUGGACCAGCCAGUGUCCCGACAGGUGUUUGUUGUGCAGGACUUGGAAAUUCGAGACAGACUGGCUACCUCACAGAUGAACAAAUUCCUCUACUUGUACUCUAGCAAGGAAAUGCCUCGAAAAGCCCAUUCUAACAUGUUGACCAUAAAGGCACUGCAUACAAGUCCAGAGUCAGGCCAGGCUCCCCCAGAGUGUUGCUUACGUGUCUCCCUGAUGCCUCUUCGUCUCAAUAUUGAUCAGGAUGCAUUAUUCUUCUUAAAGGACUUCUUUAGUAGUCUUGCUACUGAAGUAGAGUUUUUCUCACCACCUGUUCAAGAAGCAGUCUGUGUCACCACAAAAAAAGCAUCUGCCCCAGAGAUCUCCUGCAGUUUCUCUAAGCAUGUUGCUAGCAGCCAGGAUGCAGCACCAAUCAUCUCAGUCCCUACUCAGAGGCAAAUGAGCCACAAUGGCUUCUCUGCAUCCAACAGAGAAGAAGUUCACGACGGCGAAAUCUCUGCCUCACCCUUCUCAGACCAGCCGAUUUUCUUUAGGGAGUUCAGAUUUACCUCUGAGGUUCCCAUUCGACUGGAUUAUCAUGGCAAACAUGUAUUGAUGGACCAGGGAACAUUUGCUGGGAUCAUCUUUGGGUUGACGCAACUGAAUUGUUCAGAGCUGAAACUGAGGCAGUUGUGUUACAGACAGGGAUUACUUGGUGUGGAUAAGCUGUUUUCUUAUGCAAUAAAUGAAUGGCUAAAUGACAUAAAGACAAACCAGCUUCAAGGACUACUGAGUGGUGUGGCACCUAUUCACACACUGGUGAAACUGGUUCAUGGACUCAAGGACUUGGUUUGGCUCCCUAUUGAGCAGUACAGGAAGGAUGGUCGGAUAGUGCGUGGAUUUCAGCGGGGCACCGCCUCUUUUGGAACUUCUACUGCUAUGGCUGCUCUGGAGCUCACAAACAGGAUGGUUCGGACCAUCCAGGCAGCAGCUGAGACAGCCUAUGACAUGGUGUCUCCAGUUCCUGAUGAGCGAGAUACAAAGAGGGUGAAACGUUACUCCCAUUAUGGGCUGGCUCAUCAGCCUGUUGACCUGAGAGAAGGUGUAGCCAAAGCUUACACUGUAGUGAAAGAGGGUAUCACAGACACUGCGCUGACCAUCUAUGACACGGCCACACGGGAACACGAGCAGCGUGGCAUGACGGGUGCAGUUGGCGGAGUUCUCCGCCAGCUGCCACCAGCAGUAGUCAAGCCACUCAUUAUGGCUACCGAAGCCACCUCCAAUGUCUUGGGUGGAAUGAGGAACCAGAUUCACCCUGAUGCACGUCAGGAGGAGACUCAAAAAUGGAGGCAGGGCGAGGAGUAAUUGUCAUUGCCAUACGGUAGCUGAAACCACAACUGUGGAGAUGCCACAGCUUAUAAAUGUUUUUUUUGUUUGUUUGUUUGUUUGUUUUUUUGAAGAGGAAGAAAUGUGGACCACCAGUUCUGGUGUAAAUAGAAUUGUGUUCAUCUCGUGCCAGUUUGAGCAACUGUGAUUUAGCUUACCAUUUCCCUCACAGUGCCUUUGUGGUCAUCAGCAUUGUCCAUUGUUUGCUUUAUCAAAGGGAUUUUUGAAAAAUGACUUGUGAGCAACAAAUCCUCUUCAUAUGGGUUCUGUCAAAUGUAGAAACAUUAAUGACAGGUUUCCUCCUUAGCUUCAUUUUCAAAAAGCUGUUUACAAAUGGUGUUAUAUUCUACUAUCCUGAUUGGUGUCAACAAACACUAAUAUUAGAGGUGUAAUUAUACUUAAUUUAUUACACGUACUGUAUGUUGGCCUUGUUAUUUACUGUAAAUAUUCCUAAUAUGUAACAUUUCAUGCAAAUAUAAAAACAAUCCUAGAAACUGAAUGUGUUAAAGUUGUAUAAAGGUCUUUAGUCUUUUAAGUGACUUGAAGGGUUACCUGCCAGAGCAAAUGAAAAAUGGGAAGACUAUCCAAAUGUGUUAAGUUGUAGUUUUAUUUUAAGCUGAGAUAAGUGUGUUGUGUAAUUUUCAUAAAAGCUGCUCUGUUGAAAAGCUGCUUUUUUGAAUUUUGAUAACAGUUAACGUGUCGAAUUGCUUUGGUCUGCUGCUCCUAUUUUCAAAUUGUUGACAAACUUAUUCAUACAGUUAAGAUCUUCAAGUAAAGUCUUAAUACUCUGCUCGAUUGAUUUUUUUUUCCUCCAAAUGUCUCACUAUUGAUGUUUGUUGUGCUAAGUUUUAUCGCAGAGAUUUUAUUUGCUUACUUGUCUAUGUGGGAAAAAAUUAUUUCUUGUACAUACGUGUACAGUUGAUUCAUGAAUUUGUAUUAAUACAUGAAAAAGGGAAAUAAACAGUUACAUUCA